AUGCAUCGUUCUCUUCUUACCUCUUUAACUUGUACACGGUUCAUAAAUCUUGCUUUACCAUCAGCAAACGGAAAGUGUUUGACAAGAUUAUUGUCGAUAACACCUGUGAAUUUGAGGGAAACGGACGAAGAGUUGAUAGCAAACUUGUCGAAACAGGUGUACGAGUACAAGAAAGAGCUGAGAAAGUUGGUUUACGGACAUCCCAAGUCAAGAUUGUUGAAGAGGAACAUUGCCAAUUUACAGGACACAAUUUCAAGCAGGCAGCAACCGAAGAGUAACGAAAUCUUUGAUCUGUUUAAAAGCAUGUCAAGCUUGCGGCCUACUGUUAUUUCACUGGAGGUAAGGGUUUUUGUUGAUUUUUUUUUGGUUUAGGUUAGUGCGACGACAAAGUUAAUUUGCCAUUAGUUGAAACAAAAGCUGGGGUUUAUAGUAUAUUUAAAAAUUUUUAAAAAGAGCGUUGUAUUUACGCUGACUGUUUGAAAAACAAGUUGAGUUUUACCUUUUUAUCCGACUUUUAACAAAAAAAUUAAAUUUUUCUCAAUUUUAAACAUUUGUUUUAGAUUUUAAGCAAUGGCACGUCUCAAAUGGCUCCCUCAGUCAUCAUCCGAACUCAACUAGAAUGCUACAUGUUCAACGUUCCAGAGGGUACAUCACGUUUCAUCUCUGCACUACAUCUGGGGCCAAACAAGCUGCACGAUCUGUUUGUAACUCGAGGUGUUUGGGAUUGUAUGGGUGGAAUUGGAGGGUUGUUGAUGACAAAGGAUGCUCAAGAUAAGCAAGAAGUUAGAUUGCAUGGUCCAAGGAACGUUAAGGAGUAUUUGACAACGAUACGACCGUUUAUGGACAGUGACUACGGUAACGCUCAGUUUCCUUGUACGGUAGAAGAGAGGACGUUUGAGAAUGUGAAACAUGAAGACAAUUCUUUGGUUGUGUAUUAUAUUCCACUGUUUUCUAUGUCUGAUAACACUGAGGUUAACAGUUUGGAAACAAAGUUUGCUCAUACUGCUUAUUUGGUGGAAAUGAAGGUAGGUGUAGUUUUAAUGGCUUUUUCGGGAUUUUAAAGGAUAUCUGGGUAUUGUUUUGAAUCAAUAAUGUAAUUUUAAGCUUUUUUUAAAGUUAUAAUCAUUAAUUUCAGCCAAAAGAACGCGCUAUAGAUGCUUUUAAAUUGAUAAGUAAAAAGGUACCAAAAGGACCAUUAAUUGGCCAGUUGAAAGCGGGAAAAGCUGUGACAUUACCGAAUGGUGAUGUUGUUCAACCUGAAGAAGUUUUAAUGGAUGAAACUGACGACUUUGCAAAUUCUGUUUUAAUUGUCGAUAUUGAUCAUGUGGACAAGAUACGAUCAGUUGCCACUAAUACACAUCUACGGGCAAGUGUUUUUUAUUAGUAUUUGGGGGAGGGGUUCUACACUUUUGAGCUACCUAUCAAUAACUUUUGCAGGUUUUUAGGUAAUAUUUUAUUAAAUUAUGUGUUUUAUAGGUAUUACCACCAGAAAUCUUUGAAAAUUCUUUUUUUUAACAUUUUUUUUUCUAUUUUUUAAAUUUCAGGCAUACGUCGACUCUAACAGUACCAAAAAGCUCGGAUACCUAGUCCAUUUCACCCCGGAACACGUUGUAAACACUCCAGAAUACCAAGAAUUCAUCAAUUUAUUUGGCCUAUCUUGUCUCAACAUUAUUGUUAACGGUUCAGGUGAAGCGGUACCAAUGACAGACGGGCCAUAUAAUAACCAACGCAUGUUGAACACUUUAGACCAAUCCGUGUUUCCAUUGUUAUAUCCAAAUAUAACAGGAAAUGUUCAACAGAAGUUGAUAGCGCCUCAGGAAAAUACGAAUAUUUUAAGGCCAAAGACUUACCAGAAGUAUCCAAUUAGGGGGAACGCUUGUUCUCAAGACAGUAGUUUUGCUAUUGGGGAUGAAGAGCUUGAAGAAAGACGGGCUUUCUGUCCAGAAUUGAAGGAGAAGAUGGAAGAAUUUAAAGAAAGUAAGGAUUUUAGAGUAAUAUCGAGCUAUUUUGAUCAAUAUUAGAUAAAAAACCUCUUCUUUAUCAUGAGAUAAGGCAAUAACAUUACCUUUUUUUAUAAAAUCAAUUUUAUUUUAGCCACAGCAACCCUCACCAACUCAUCAGAACCCCAAUUUCCAUCCGUAUCGUUCUUAGGAACAUCUUCAGCAUGUCCAACAAAGUACCGCAAUGUAAGUGGCUAUCUUCUUCGACUGUCAGACAAAUCAGCGGCUUUUGUGGAUGUUGGAGAAGGAAGUUAUGGCCAAAUGAAGGUAUUAUAUGGGCCGGAGAAAACGGAAGAUAUCCUGAUUAGUUUGAAUGCCAUUUUUAUUACACAUGGGCAUCUGGAUCAUAUCAAUGGAAUGUUCAUGGUUAUUGAAAAGAGAAUCGAGGCUUUUCAAAAAAGAGGUAAGGGGUUUUGGUUUUUGAAUUAUCGUUUGUUGUGUUAGGUUGCUUUUACUUUAACUUUUAUGCAAAUUUUUUCUUAUUAUAUCUUUUAUCCAUAUUUUUUCCCUAAAAUUGCAAAAAAAUUAAUAAAAGGCUUUAAAAUGCAGUUUUUUAAACGUUUUUAAAAAAAAAUAAUUUAUUUUGAUUCAUAUUUUUGUAGGCUUACUAUACAAACCUCUAAUCAUCGUAUGUAAUCAAGUUGUACGACGCCCAUUCUCAUUAUACUCUCAGAACUUUGUGAAGCUAGAGAAAAUGGUUAAGUGGAUUGAUACGACAGUCCUCAGUCGACCAUUAACUCCAGAAAAGUAGGUUCAUGAUCUUUAAAGGUCAAUGAAAUUUUAAAUUGAAAACUUUGAAAAAAAAUCAAAAAAUUUUUUAAAAAUUUGAGGCUGUCAGAUGAAACUUACUGAAAAAAUUUCUAAUUUUGAAUCUUCAGAGACCGAGCCCUGUCCCAAAACAAACGCCCCCUCCGCUUACCAGAUAAACUGUGGAUCGAAACAGUAACUGCCUUCCCAGGGGAACUCUUCAAUCCAGAAGAAUGGAAUCUGAAAUCAGCAAAAGCUGUCUUUGUCCAUCACACCAGAAUGGCAUCAGGAUUUGUAUUUGAAACAGUUUGUGGCAAGAAGUUGGUCUUCUCCGGUGACACGAAACCGUGCAAGAACCUGGCAGUUCAAGGUUCAAAUGCAGAUCUUCUGAUUCACGAAGCCACUUUUGAAGAUGCCUAUGCCAGAGAUGCAGAGAGGAAAAGACACAGUACUACAGGUCAAGCAAUAUCUAUCGGGAAAGAAAUGAACGCAAAACAUGUCAUUUUGUCACAUUUCUCCGCCAGAUACCCGAGGUGUAUGGUGCUGAGUGAUGAGUUGAUCGAAAGUGGUAACACAGCUAUGGCUACUGACUUUAUGGUGGCGGAUUGGAAUAAAUUAAAGGUAAAAUACGGAAAAAAAACUAUAUUGUAAACAAUGCUUGUAAAAAAAAUAAAUAAUUUAGGCCUACAGAUAAAAAACGUAAUGAAAGAAAAUGAUUUUAGGUAAUCGACAAGCUAGCCCCAGUGUACAAACUGAUGUUCGAAAGAGAAUUGAAAGACCUCGAACUAAAGGAAUGUCAAAAACGUUUGAAAAUAAAAGAAGAACAGGAAAAGAAGACCAGAAAGAGUCCAGACAAUCCCACAGAAGCUCCAGAAGAAAAGAGGACCAAAGCUGUGGCAUAG